AUGACUUUAGAGUUUGCUUGCAUUAGUUGGAGGCAAUUCCGUGCGACUCUCUCUUUUGCAAAGCGGACCCACCCAUUAGCACAUGAAAAAUGCUCCAAGGUUGAUAAAGCGCCAUUGCCACCGUUUGCAUCGAUUCCUCGGGGAGUUCUUCCUCCAAAUAUUGUAUCUGGAUCAUGUGUUACGGAUUAA